GAAGUUCUGCAAAUCCUUCUGAAAAACCUCUCAAAACAUUUUUUUUCUCUUCUUUAAAAUCUUUCUGGAUACUCACCUUCUGGCUUGGGAAUGCAGAAAGAUGGUAGGUUCAACGUUGCAAAACAAAACUGAUGUCGGCGGUGGAAAGAAAUCAAAGAAAAACAUUAACGGCGGCAGAACUUGUCACCGGAAACACGUUGCGGACAGCUAGUUUCUGAUUCUUCUUCUUCAAAUCAUCAUCGUCAGGUUUCGCUCCAUAAAAGGAAAUUCGAGUUUCUGUUAUUUUUUUCUCAGAUGGAGAAGGUUCAACCAAUGGAAUCAAUGAGCAACAACAGCAGUUCGUGUUCAAACGUUUUAAAAGGAAAGUACGAAUUAGGCCGUCUAAUCGGAACCGGAAGCUUUGCAAAAGUUUAUCAUGCAAGAAAUCUACAAUCGGGCAAAAGCGUAGCCAUGAAAGUUGUUGGUAAAGAGAAAGUGAUUAAAGUUGGUAUGAUGGAUCAGAUCAAAAGAGAAAUCUGUGUUAUGAAAAUGGUUAAACAUCCAAAUAUCGUCGAACUUGAUGAAGUCAUGGCAAGUAAAUCAAAGAUUUAUUUCGCCAUGGAAUUUGUUCGUGGUGGUGAACUUUUCAAUAAGAUUGCGAAAGGAAGAUUAAAAGAAGACGCAGCUAGAUCUUAUUUCCAUCAACUAAUUUCUGCGAUUGAUUUCUGUCAUAGCCGUGGUGUUUAUCAUAGAGAUCUUAAACCUGAAAAUCUAUUACUAGAUGAUCAAGGUAAUCUGAAAAUCACUGAUUUUGGUUUAAGUGCUUUUACUGAGCAUCUGAAACAAGACGGUCUUUUGCAUACAACUUGUGGUACUCCGGCGUAUGUAGCACCAGAAGUUAUUGGGAAAAAAGGUUAUGAUGGUGCUAAAGCUGAUCUAUGGUCAUGUGGUGUUAUUCUUUAUGUAUUGCUUGCAGGAUUUCUUCCGUUUCAAGAUGAGAAUAUUGUUGCAAUGUAUAAGAAGAUUUACAGAGGUGAUUUUAAGUGCCCACCAUGGUUUUCACCUGAAUCAAGAAAAAUCAUUACAAAGUUAUUAGAUCCGAAUCCUAAUACUCGAAUCACCGUGUCGAAAUUGAUGGAAACUUCUUGGUUUAAGAAACACUUGCCGAGAUCAACAAUUGGGAAUGAAGGAGAGAAAGCAUUUGAUAUUGGGUUAGGGUUUAAAGGUGAGAAACAACUGGAAACACUGAACGCUUUUCAUAUCAUUUCUUUAUCUUCAGGGUUCGAUUUGUCUCCAUUAUUUGAAGAGAAGAAGAAGGAAGAAAGGGAAGAGAUUAGGUUUGCUACUACUAAAUCUGCAAGCAGUGUCAUAUCAAAACUAGAAGAAGUUGCAAAAAAUGUGAAGUUCAAUGUAAAGAAGAGUGAAUCAAGUGUUAAAUUACAGUGUCAAGAGAGUGGUAGGAAAGGUAAAUUGGGGAUUUCAGCUGAUCUGUUUGCAGUGACUUCAUCAUUUUUAGUAGUGGAAGUGAAGAAAGAAGGGGGUGAUACUUUGGAGUAUAAUCAGUUCUGUAGUAAAGAACUGAGACCAGCACUUAAAGAUAUUCUAUGGACGUCUCCAGCUCAGGCUACAAUUGUGUGAAGAUGAUAACAUGUCUGAAAUGAAGGCCAGUCAAUGAAGGCUAGAGCUUUUUGUGUUGUGUUCGCAAGAUUAGGGAUGUAAUAUGAUCCUUGUGUCGUUGUUCUGUUUGUAAUGGUGGUGUUUAGAUCGGAAUAAGAUUUGAUUUAGUCUUAAUCGAGAUUUCUGACUGAAUUUGUAAAUUAUCACUUGUUCUUCAUUGUUUUGUUCAUCUAGUUGAUAUAUUUGGUUUACUUCA